ACUAACUAAAGUACCACAAAGCGUGUAAUGUGGACGACGUGUUUCAGACGCGCACUAUAUUUUGUUUAGUGAAUAUUUUUGCGUUCAAAGUGAUUUUGAAAAGUACUCAUACAGAAUUUAGAUUCCUCUACUCACUGCUACUUCAACAACUUCAAAUCAUGUCAACACCGAUUGGUCCGAUACCCUGCGGCUUGAGCUGCCCCAACUGUGGGAAAAAUGUAACCUCGCGUCUGGAAUACCGAGCUUCGACGAAGACACACAUUCUUGCCGUACUUCUCGCUGGAAUGCUUUGUCUGCCUUGCGCCUGCGCUUUGUACUGUACGAAAUGCGCACGCAGUGUGGAACAUUAUUGUCCGUCUUGUAAUGCCUUUGUCGGAGUUUACGACCAUUAAAAAUUGUUGGAGGUAUU